UCGUAGUGGCCAAUGCCAAGUUCUACGAGUAUUCUCUCAAAUUCCGUGAGGUCUUCAGUGAAGCCGAAUCGUCAACAAAGAACAAAGCAGUACUGGAAGAGCAGCUUCGGGAUGCCAAGAUGAAUCUCCAGACUGAGCUUCCUGGUAGCGAAGAGGAUCUAAAGCAGGAGCGGAACAAUCUCUCAAGCGAAAUCGAGGCCGGAAAACAGAAGAGAGAUCGAGAGCAGAAUAACCUUCGCGACCUGGAAGAUGACGUGGCCAAUAAGCGCAAAGAACAUACUAAGCUGGCUAGCGAACGGGGCCAGCUCAUUGCUGAGGCUGAAAGCCAAAAACAACGUAUUGCCGAUCGUGAACAAUUAAUUUUUGAAAUAAGCGAAAAACACGGAAUAAAAGGAUUCAGCCACUCGCCUUUGCAAGGUAGCGAUAUUCAAGCCUUUAUUUCUCGUUUGGUAGAUCUGCAAAGGUCGCAUAAAGCUGCUGUCAAUAAACAUAAGGCCGAGCUAGCUGAAAAACGCGAUGAAUAUACCAAGAAGCACAUGCAACUUACGAGUCAAGCAGAACAACACAAAGCGACGCGAACCAGUUUGCAGGAACAGAUUGCGGAGCAGCGGAAGAAGAUAAGAGAAGAUGAGCGGUUCUUGGAUAGUUCCGAGAAUUAUGAGAUAGAGCUCACCACCAUGAAAGACAAUAUUGAGGAUAAGAGGAGACGACUGGAGAAGCUGAAGAAGAGCCUCAAUGAAUCUGAUUAUGAUGGACAAUUGGCUGAGAAAGCCACCCAGGCGCAGGAUCUUGAGCGCCAGCGUGAGUCUCUCAGUGGCGAGCUGACUUCAUUAAGUAACCAGGCUGAAGCACGCGUUGCUCUGGAUCUCAAGAGGGGAGAGGUCAAAUCGAAGACCGCCGACAUGAAGCAUGCGAUCGACAACAUCAACGAGAAGUAUCGUGCCCUUACCAAGAAAAACGCGAACACAAAUACUGUAGGGACUGAUGUGGACCGACUCUUGACCGAGAAGGAAACCGAAUGUGUUGAGUUGGAAGCUAAAGCUGGUAGCGCCAACCAGACGCUGCAACAUGCAGAGGCCACAUUUUCCAAUCUGCAAACCCAGCUAGAAAAGAAGGAAGCUGAGCUGAAGAGGGUUGAAAAGAUUCUAGCAGAAAAUCUUGACCAACCGCUGGAAAAGGCGAUCGCGGAUGUCAAUUCCGAGCUGAAAUUCCGAAAUUCACAAGUUGGAUCCUACCAGGUAUACGAGAGCCUGUAUGACAUCGGAAAGGAGUCCCAAAGAUGUUCUGUGUGUGACCGUCACAUGGAUGCCAAAGUGUUUGCAACUUUUGAGGCAUUCCUUAAAUCUCAAAUGACGAAGAGUGCCGAUGUGUCCAUUGAAAAUGAACGGGAUCAGAUUAAGGAAUGGCAAGGCGAGCUGGAGCGGUUGCAAGCUCUAAUGCCCAUUGAGAAUACCAAGAAGCAACUGAAGAUGAAGGAUAUUCCCGCGUUGCAAGAUGAGAUUGAGGAGGUGGAGGACAAGGUAGCUGACGCUACUACCAAGGCUGAGAAGGCCGAACAAGAACUUGUGGUCGUCAAAAAGCAAAUAAAAGACAUUCAAGGCCUACAGAUUACUGCCAGGAACGUCUCUCGCCUCCAAAAAGAAAUUGGGCACGCAGAGGAAGAUGUGGAAAGCUACGAAAAAGAACUAGCUGCCACCGGCACCACCAAGACAAUGCGUGACGUUCAGAACGAGCUGGAUGAGAUAUCCACGAAGAUCCAUGCACUCGACCGGGAGAAGUCGCAGAUAAUAAAAGAGAAGGAUCGCCAGAAUAACCUGUAUCGUGCUAUCGAGGGCGAUGUUCAUAAGAUGGAGAAAGACGAAUGGGACCUUCAGAACAAGAUCAAGGAAAGGGAGGAUACUCAUAAGCGGGUGGAGUCUAUGAAAGAAAGCAUAGAGACAUUCAGUAAGAGAGUCAAGGAUGCCGACGCUCAGUUAACGGAAGCUCAGGGACCCAUCGAUGCCCUCGAAGCAGACUUCAAGGUCACUGAGCAGACUCUGAACGCCCAAAUCACUGAAGCCCAAAGUAAUGUGCAAGCAUCCAACCAGAGCAACGACAGACUGGAAAGCAUUCACAAGGAUGUCGAGAGGUAUGUCACGCAAAGGCGAGCGCAGAAACUUGCGGAGAACGAGAGGAAGAGCGAACAGGCCGACCUGGAUAUCAAAGAGUGCAUGGACAGCCUGCAGAAAUCCCGCGACUCGAUCACCCGACUUGAUCGGGAAAUCGGUGGUGGGGAUGCGAAGAGGGCGAACUUGCAAGAGAACAUACGCAUAAGGCAGCUAGCGCGACAGGUCAAGGCUAUACAGGAUAAAAUCGAUGGGCUCGAUUUGGAGGCGGCUGCUAGAGCGCGAAGGAAUUUCGAGGAGAAGUAUGGGCCUGAGAAAGAGAAGGAACAGAAAUUACAGGCGUCGUACUCCCAUAUUGCUGGAGAGUUGAGUUCUCUGAGGGCCCAGCUGAAGCAAUCGGAGAAGGAUAUGAAGGAGUUCAAGGAGAUUGACACCAGAUAUACUGAUCAAUUGGUCAAAGUGAAGAUGUCGGAUGUAGCCAACAACGACUUGGAGUUAUAUGCCAAGGCUCUGGACAACGCCAUCAUGAAAUACCACGGUCUGAAGAUGGAAGAAGUUAACGACACAAUGAGGCAUCUUUGGAAUAGGACCUACCAGGGAACAGACAUCGAUGGUAUCAAAAUCCGCUCGGACGUCGAGGGCGGCGCUUCAAAACGUUCCUACAAUUAUCGCGUACGGCAUUCCCCCCCUCCCUUGUCCGCUGGUACCUAUCCUGACCUCAACUAUAGGUGGUGAUGACGAAAGACCAAGUAGAGAUGGACAUGCGUGGCCGCUGCUCCGCUGGCCA